AGGCGUUUUUGUGAUAGGUGUUAGUAGAAUGGUAGUACAGUCCUCUAGCGACAAGCUUAUGAACUAGUUUGGCAGCCACAUUGCCGUCUGAUGGCUUGCUUCUGAACCAUUAGCGAAUGGAAAAUAUUGAAGCAGCUCGUUUGAGUCAUAAGUGGUUGUCAGUUGUUUUUAGCAAAGUAUCUGGUCUAUACUGGAGUUUCGUGGCGCCUCGCUUGGGAACGAAACCCACCAAUACUCAUCUCUUCAUCAGAAGAUGCCAAUAUCGAGAAGGCCAUUUUAGAGUUUAGACAUAUCCUUUGUGGAGUUGUGACUUUUGUACCAGUGUGGCUUCCGGGAACGUCUGGGGUAGUGAAGGAUACAGAAAGCGUUGUUUUUGUCUGUCUGUGAGAUUGAGUGGUACGCGAAGGGGGUGCUGCGACCCCUUCAUCACCUGAGAACCACCAGUGUCCAGGUGACUCCCUCCACUCCCUUCUCCCCGCGCGGCGCCCCUGCUGUACCUCACUCGACGCUUCUGCAGGAAGGGGCAUGGUGAGCAGCGGCGCCUCCGAAAGUUCGUUCAGUAUUCCCUCAUCUCCUGUGUCCUGCCGUGAUACCGCCGCCACCUCACCCCAACCCGCUGCCCCGUCCGCUGACGGAGGUGAUGGCGGUGGUGGGCGGGGAGGCGGUGCUGCCCUGCGACAUCAAGGAGCCAGGAGACACGCCCAUCCUCGUUCUUUUCUACAAUGGCGAGACGGGCAAGCCAGUGUACAGCAUCGACUCUCGCACGGGGACGCUCACCUCCUCCAUGCACUGGUCGGCGCUGGGAGAGAGAGCGCACUUUAACCUGACCUCCACGCCCACCGGCCUCCACAUUAUUCGUGUCGAGCCGCAGGACCACGGGGAAUAUCGCUGCCGGGUGGAUUUCAGGAGGUCCCCCACCAGGAAUCUUCAAGUCAAACUGCUGGUCGUGGUGCCGCCCCACAAGCUGCAGGUCUACGAGGCGGGCCAGCGGGAGGUGCGUGAGGUGGUGGGUCCCUUCCCCCUCGGCACCAGCGUCACUCUCACCUGCGAGGCUACGGGAGGUCGCCCUCUCCCGCGCGUGACCUGGUGGCACGAGGGGUCACUGCUGGACGACGUGAGUGAGGAGACCCGAGGGCAGGUCACGUGGAACACACUCACCCUGCCAGACCUGACCCGCCAACACCUGCACCGGGUCAUCACGUGCCAGGCCGCCAAUUCCAACCUGACGCAGCCGCUCCGCUCCUCCGUCACCCUCGACAUGAGCUUUCCCCCGGAGGACGUGGUGAUCCGGGUCCCGAGCACGCCGCUGCGGGAAGGCGAGACCCAGGAGCUGGUGUGUGAGGCAGGCGGGUCACGUCCUCCUGCCGCCCUCACUUGGUGGCUUCGAGGCAGGCAACUCUCCGCACCGCCAACACAGCUGCUGGAGGGGACGGUGACUCGCUCCACGCUUGCCUUCACCCCGAGUAGACUGCAUGACGGCGCCAAGCUGACCUGCAGAGCCCAGAACACACAGCUGCCCUCGCGCACCCUGGAGGACACGGUCACUCUCACCGUAUACUACGCGCCCAGGGUGGAGCUGCGGGCAGGCCAGUCUCUCGUCAUGAGUAACAUCAAGGAGGGGGACGAUGUGUACUUCGAGUGUGUCAUAAGUGCCAACCCUCCUGUCCAAGGCCUGCGGUGGCUUCUGCAGGGAGAUCUCCUGCGCCACAAUCUGUCCGCUGGCAUGAUCCUGACCAACCAGAGUCUUGUCCUGCAGCGUGUAGGUCGCCACUCCUCUGGUCUGUACAACUGUGCUGCCUCUAAUGUGUUAGGCACCGCCACCUCCAAGCCGCUCAACCUCAACGUGAAGUUCCGGCCGGUGUGUGGGGCGAGGCAGCAAUGGACAUAUGGCGGCGCGCGGGGACAGCAGGUGAACGUGACGUGCCAGGUGGACUCCAACCCCGCCGUACACACGUUCCGCUGGGCGUUCAACACCUCCACCGAGAUGGUCAACAUUCCCAGGAAUCGCAGCCGUGAGCUGGGGAGCCGCAGCAUCAUGGCCUACACGCCCAAGACACACCACGACUUCGGGACGCUGCUAUGCUGGGCGGACAACGAGGUGGGGGCCCAGCAGCUGCCCUGCGUCUACCUGGUGGUGCCUGCCUCGGUGCCGGAGCCUGUUCACAACUGCAGCGCCUGGCACAACGCGAGUGCCGCGGGGGAGGUGGUUGUGGUGUGUGAGCCAGGCUGGGGCGGCGGCCUGACGCAGACCUUCUCCCUGGAGGUGUGGCGAGGCGGCACCACGGUGGCGUCCCUCGGACAGCGCGCCGAGCCCUUCUUCACGGUGACGGGUCUUGCCCCGGGCACCGAGUACGAGCUGGCAGUGGUGGCCUCCAACACGCAAGGCGCCGCCACGCCCACGCGCCUCACCCACCACACUCCCAUAGACGUGGCGGAGAAGCGCACCAGUGCCGCUGCCGCUGAGUCCUUCGGUGUGGGUCUUGGCCUGAUGCGGGCGAUGCCCGUGGUGGUGGUGGCUGUGGCAGCGGGGUUGUCACUGGUGCUGUGCUCUGUAGUGACAGUAUUAAUCAUCCGCUGCAGACUAGCCCGUGCACACGCUCACUCUCACGCCCACGCCAGACCCAAGGUGGUAUGCGAGGACCCCGGGACGCUCACCAAGACCUUCGAUGACGGCGGGUUCGACGUUCGUCAGCGGGAUCCUGACCUCAUCCUGGUGAAGGCCGACGCGAGCCGCAGCCCAACGUCCCCGCAACACGCCCACCCACCUACAGCACCAUCACCGCACCGCUCCCUGGCAUGUAGGCGCCCUGCGUAUGCCUCAGUGGUGGGCGGCGAGGAAGUAUUAAGGGAAGCGCCUCUCAUCAUCACCACCACCACCACCACCACCAUCAUCAUCAUUCCUCGCCAGAGCGAGCACGCGUCGGUGAGAUCGAGCAGCCCUGCGGAGGGAUCCUCGCUGGCCCACUCGGGCCGCUCCUCCGUGCCCCUGGAUGGCGCCCGAGUCACCGCGGGAUCCAGCGGACUUGGCAGCACCGAGAAUGUCUCGAGCGCCGCCGCAAUCCACACAGCGCCCAGAAUACCUCGCCCCUUGAUAAGUACACAGUCCCCGGUCCCUUUGGGUCGAAUGGGUAGGUCUGCCUCUUGUUUAGAGGAGCAGAGAUUACCUCUCACUUCCACCUCCUCCCUUCCCCGCCGCUCCUCCACCCUCGUCCUCCAUCCCGAGUUCUUUCCGCUCAACCUCUCCACCAGUAGGGAGAGUUGUGUAUAGUCAGGGGGCAGCUGCUCGCUCCCUCUGCUGCAGUGUUCGUAAGGUAGGUAACUAGCUGUUUCGUGGGUUUAUGGCAGUAUUUAGUGUUUUUACCAGUGUCAAAAUGUGCUGCGUGCUUGCUAACGACUGUGGCGUGCUAGAGCCACUUUGUUCCCUGUCCAGAGGGAGUGUGCCACUGAGCGGGGGGAGGGAAGGCACUUAGGUGGCAGUGUUGUGAGUCUGAUGGUAAUGCCACACAAUGUGCGUCGUGGGGAAAGAUGUUCUUCACUUUGCAAAGGGAACUUUAGUUACCCCUUGCAAUGAGGAUUGACUGCAGAUUGACUUUCCUCUUCACCACUCGUUGUUGGGAGUUAACGAGACUUUUUUGUGUAAAUUUAGAACAAAUGUGGCAGUGUGAAUGAAGUUUGUGACCGUAAUUGAUGCUCCGGUGUAUUUGUCGAUCAAAUAAAAGUGAUUGAAUAUCA